CAUUUUGCACUGAAAUUACACUACAAUUUGGAAGAGGACAGGAGAUCCAGACCCUUAACUAAAGCUUCGGGACUCCAAAGCACAGAUCUCCUACCUGCAUGCCCUUUCCUCUUCUUCUCUUUUUCUCUCAGACGCAAGAACAGAGGAGAUGAAAUUCGAAAAUCAAAAAGAAAAAAAACGCCGACCCCCCAAUGUCUCUGAUUUCUACCUAUCUAUAGGUCAAAGGAGGAAAGUAAAAACUUAAAACCCUCAAACUCUCAGUCUCCGAUCUUCCUCUUUUUCCCUCAAACCUUGAUUUGAAGGGGACAAAAUUGGCUCCCUUUGUCUCCGGUCGACAAAGCCGUCCUCCUCCCCAGAAAAAGAAAAGGACGAUGAAGGGUAGAGCUUUGUCUCUUGCUCGGCCCUGGCUGUGGCUGUGGCUGUGGCUGUGGCUGCAGCGUGGGGCCUUCUCCUCUGGUUUUUGUUCCCUCGUCGGAAUCACAGAGGGACAACCGUUGGGAUUAAAUGGUAGGCUUAAGUGGGAAAAAGAAGGACUAAGUUUGGGCCAAGUGUAGAAGUUGCAGACGGGCUUAGGCUAAUCUUGUGGGCUUUGGAACUACAAUUGGAUUUUUGUUUUAAAAGGAGUGGGUCUAGAUCUGCUACUAUUUUCAUUCUAUGUUCAUUUCUCUGGGUCCCUUUUGUAAUUUCAUUUCAUUUCUCCUCGGAUUUUCCUUUUUUUUUUUUUUUUGAUUAGAUGGUGAAUCAUAUAAUAAGAGAUAAUACUUCCC